AUGGAAGAAAAGGAUUAUUGCUAUUUUUGUUUUGAAGUGAUUUCCGCUAGUUUAGAGCAUAGAAGACUUCGCAACUAUUGGGACUGGAAAUCAUGGACUGACGAGGUACCUCUUUUUGUAAAGUUCUCUUUCAGAGAUCGUUAUCAUAAGCAAUUACGCGGAUGCAUUGGUACUUUUCAACCCCGUCCUUUGAAUGUUAAUCUCAGAUAUUUCAGCCAGCAAGCGGCUUUCUCUGAUGACCGCUUUCAUCCUAUCACCGUGGCUGAAUUACCUUUUCUGGAAUGUGGGAUUGACCUCCUAGUGAACUUUGAGCCGAUUGAGGAUCCUCUGGAUUGGAUUGUCGGUAUUCAUGGCUUGUCCGUUAAUUUUUAUGUAGAUAAAAUUAGGUACUCAGCUACCUAUUUACCUUCUGUUGCCGCGGAGCAAGGCUGGACCCCAAAAGAGACAUUGAUGAGUUUGAUUCGUAAAUCUGGCUUUUACGGCAAUCUUCGAAAUUUAAAUGUUCAAGCUACUCGAUAUCAAUCUACUCAAAUUGGAUGCUCUUAUGAAGAAUAUUUCAAAUUUGCCAACAAAAUCUGA